GGAAAAGAGAGAAAGAGAGAGCCAGAGAAAAGAAAGAGUGAGGGAGAGGGGUGUUUCUAACUGGGAACAGAGCUUGCACUGUUCCACAUUACACACACACAGACACACACACAGUGAGAAGGAGAAAGGGAGAGAAAAGGGGAUAAAAUCCCAGGCACUUUCUUUUUCUGCUUGUUUAGCUGGGUGCAUGGAGCCUUUGGGUCUGCAAAAUGAAACUCUCAUGUGUUCUGAUAGUUCUCCUGACUAGGGCCUUCGUUGAAGAGUUGGCCGAAGCUCUGAACGUGACAGUGACCCCUGGGCCAGUCAGUAUGUGUUUGGAGGGAGAGAAUAUCACCGUGUCCUGCCUGGUGUCUCAGAGGAAGAGGAGCAGCAGCGUACUUGUGCUGCGCUGGAUCUACUUUCCCACACCGGAGGAUGAGCACUUGGUGGUGAAGAUGAACUUUAAGAAGGCAAAAUACUAUGGAAACUACAGCAGAAGCUUUGGCCAGCCCAAAUUCUACCUGUCGGAGGAGGAGGAGGGGCAGAUCUACAGUCUGCUGAUCCUGAACGUGACCAGAGAGGACAGAGGCAACUACACCUGUAAAGUGCAGGAGAUACGCAAACACAGAAACAAGUGGAGAUCCUCUUCAAAUGGCACAGGGACUAUGGAGUUACGAGUGCACUACAUAGCAGCCUCUGAGAGCACUGAUGAUAUUUGGCGCUUGUUUCAAGAUUUGUAUCUGUGUGCAGUGUUAAUCUGCUCUGUUGGUCUCCUUUGUUUGCUUCUCUUUGCUGUGGUAAUCACAUGCCAGCACAUACAGCACAAACAAAGACUAAAAGAAAGUUACCCUUUGGUGAAGUGCUCUGAGAGCAGUUCAGGGGAGACAGUAACCAGCGUGGCUAGCUCCUCGCCUGGAAUGCACAGAAAAGAGAAGAGACACAAAGCAUCACCCAAAAAUGUCACUGUGCCACCUCCAGAAAUACCAGUGAAAGCUCCUGUUCCAAGCAAGCCACGCAGAACCAAACUUUUAAAAGCCCAGCCUCGAAGAACUUACGUGCCGAGGGUGGCAGAUGACAGCUUGACAUAUGCUGAGCUGGAGCUGGUCAAACCAGUGCCUGAGGCUAAAGCCAGCAGCUCAGGAACUGCACAGCUGGAACCCAAAGCAAACUGCACAGGAACUGUAUACGCACAGAUCCUCUUUGUGGAAAAGCAAGUGUAAAUUCAACUGAGACUGUUUUGAGACAGAAUUAUUUAUGAGUCCUCUUUUGCUAUUGUGUAUAUAUUUAACUGAUGUUUUCUUAUGUCUAGUAUGGAGGUACUAGUUGAAGCAUCUGGCAGAUGUUUUCCUGUUCUUUUAUACUUUGGUACACCCAUCACUGUGUGCCUGUGAACUGAUGACAUAUUUUAUCUCAUGAUAUGUGACAUAUAUGGCAUAUUUAUUGUUUAUGAAAAAUAUAUACCAUGAGUUCAUAGGCAUUGUAGUGAAUGUGUCCAACCAUCUGAUAAAUGUGUUUUUUCCAUUAUUUUAAAUUUUCUGUUUGGGCACAUUCACCAUAGCCUUUUUUUCCCAAAAGGAAUAAAUAUUACAUUAUGGUUGGAUUUAAUCUAGCACAUGUAUUUAAUUCUGAUUACAUAAUUUUGUAAAAUAUGUAAUUUUGUUAUAAUAAAUUUUUCCAGGUGUUGCA